GCCUCCUCUGCCCUUCUUCUUCUUCUUCUUCUCUCUUCCCCAGCAACUCCACGACUGCGUUGACGAUCGCGUCAAUUAGUGGAACGUGGGUGGCUGUGCUCUUUCUCUUCGUUGAGCUGCCCCUCGCUUUGGAUUUCUUUCCCUUGUAGAAAGAAUAUCAUCAUGGCGACGCUGGCACCCGGAAUUCUGAUGAAGCUGCUCGACGGCAUGAAAACGGGGACGCGGGAGCGCCGCAGUGCGCUCUUGCAGGUCACCGACAUCGUCCCCGCUGAUCUGGACGAGAAGGAUCUCUGGCCCAAGCGCGGUUUUUACAUCAAACUCUCCGAUUCGUCGCACUCCAUCUACGUCACCCUUCCCUUCGACCAAGACGAGCUUGUUCUGAGCAACAAGCUGCAGCUCGGCCAGUUCAUCCACGUCGACCGGUUGCAGCCGGCGUCGCCUGUUCCUGUCGUCGUGGGCGCCAAGCCGCUGCCCGGCCGGCACCCCCUCGUAGGCACGCCGGAACCCAUCGUUCGAGUCAGAGGAAGCGGCGACGAGAAAUCAUCUGCGAAGCACACCGCGGCUUCUUCCGUUCACAGGAGGGGCUCAUGGGAGCAGAACCAUGUUCCUUCACCGAUGAUUGUAAAGCCGACCGCUUUGGAUUUCGGAGAGAGAACGCCGAUGAAGGACCGAUUCCAAAGCAAUGGUGUCUUGUCACCACCAGCAAGUGCGAGACUAGGCAAGGAAGUAAGCUCGGCGUUCGCCGUGGCAUCAUCUGUCAGUGGGGCUCUUCUGUCCCGGAUGGCAGAUGCCAGGGAAGCUGUAGGCUCGGGUUUGUUAAGGAAAAGCUGCAGCAUCUCCAAGUUUUCGAGGAGCAAGUUCGUGGCCGAGCGAGAGGCUAAGACCCCGAGGAGUUCCUCCUCCUUUCCCGCUGAGAAGAAUGCUACUAAGACCCCUCUGCUCAAGUCGAGAGGUGAUGCAAGAGAGGAAGACUCUUCGUGGACGUCUGAUGAACACAGCAGUUCGACUGCGAUUGACAAUGCUACUGCUGCAAAGCACAUCUCCAGCGAACGCCUGUCCUUGCCCGGAAAGAUCAACACCCUUGGAAAGGAAGCACUAGAGCAAAGAAAAGCAGCUCAGAGGGUAGCUCUGCAGGCGCUGCGAGAUGCUUCUGCUACCGAGACCAUAGUUCGGGUUCUCAAGAUGUUCUCGGAAUUGAGCAGCAGCGCGAAACCAGAAGAACCAGCCGCUUGCUUCGAUCAAUUUCUGUGCUUUCAUCAAGAAAUCGUGCAGGCAGCGGCCGGUAUAGAAGCAAUUCAGGCAGCUACUACUUCAGUCGCUGAGGAAUCCACGAAGGAACAAGGCGACAAGGACGAUUCAUCCGUCUUGCAAGCGAGAGAUCACAACGCCGACAACCAACAUGGGCAGUCAAUCAAGAGAAGAGCAGCAUCGGUAGUAUCCAAGACCGAUGAGAACAAAGUAGGCCUCGGCAAGCACCCAAGAUCGGACUCGAAUCACAAGGAUAAGAAAGAGCAGGAUGAGGCCAAGCUGCCGACUUCUACGUCUUCUUUGGGCAGAUCAAUAGAACUGGCAAAGCAGAUACGAACUGAAGCAGGAAAAUGGUUCAUGGAGUUCCUGGAGGCAACGCUGGAAUCGGGUUUUAAGACAACUAAAGGGGCCGUCGGUGGUGGCGGUCAUCGGUCGAAGUCAGUCUGCUGCUGCCCCCAGUCGCUGAUACUGCGGGUCAUAAACUGGGUGGAGCUGGAGCGAUGUGAAGCCGGCAAGAGGCCACUCCAUCCAAGAACAGCACAAAUAGCAAGAAAACUAAGAAUCAAGGCAAAGAACCCCUAACCGGGUGAGGAAUCCAGGAAACCGGUGAUUGGUUUCUUUAUCGACCGAGGUUGCCGAUAACACCUCUAAUACCUUUACUAGAGGUGCCAUAUUGGUUCAUCCGAGAAGAGCGUAUCUCCAGCUUCCAUAUUUCAUAGUUAUUGAUGGAUGAUGAUAAUAUUUAUAUGUGACGACGCAUGAUAGAUUACAUGAUCGUUGUUAGUGUAAACAAUCCGGGCGUGGCCUCGGGGCCGACGCGGCUUGGUUCAGGUCCGAACGAUGAGGAUCUCUCCGGGGCGUACCUCUAGCCUGCUAAGGUGGCCGAGUGUGAUGGUUGUUACGGGGAUGUUGCCUCAUCCGAGUAAGGACUCCUCGUCUACGCGUCCCACGGGGAUCUUCGGCUUCACUCCUGCACAAAGGUCGGGUCGGGGUGCUCGGCCCGAUCCCUCCGACGAUCAAGUUAGUUGACAUGAAGGGCAUUUGAGAUGAAGUUUUUUUGCUGUGUAUGUCUCUCUCUCCUUCCCGUUCAGAAUGCGAGGGUAUUUAUAAGGAAGUUUACUGUUUUCUAAUGUGUCCGCUUGCAGGGGACAGACUGGUAGCGUCUGACACCGACGUUGGUGUGGCGUGAGGGACCGAGCCCGGGCAGGCGUUAAUGCGCCUCGACCGGUGUUCUGGUCCGUUUGAUCGGGUGCUGUAGCGUUGAUCGAGACAUGAGCCAUCAUCUGACGUCAGUCGAGUCUUAUCAUAAUCACUAUCCUCAUCAAUCGUGUUGUGCUUUUAUUGACGAAGAAUUACUCCAAGAGCUAAGCUUUAUUGGUUCAUACUGUAAAC